AUGCCAUCUAAAAUAAAAAAUAACAUUCUAACAUACGAAGGUUGUAAUUAUUUACGAUAUCGCUUAUUAUUAUCAACAUUAUCAGGCAAGCCUGUACGAAUUACAAAUAUUAGAAUUAAAGAUGAUGAUCCUGGACUUAAAGAGUACGAAGUUAGUUUUAUUCGUUUACUGGAUAAAAUUACAAAUGGAUCGAGAAUAGAAUUAAAUGAAACAGGAACUAGUUUAUACUAUAGUCCCGGAUUAUUGAAUGGUGGUGAAUUAGAACACGAUUGUAACGUACAACGAGGUAUUGGUUAUUAUUUAGAAGGAAUUGUGAUAUUAGCUCCAUUUUGUAAAAAAGCUGUAGAUAUAAAACUUAAAGGAAUUACUAAUAACACAAUAGAUCCAUCUGUGGAUAGAAUCAAAGCAUCUGCUGUACCAAUACUAAAAAGAUUUUUGUCUGGUGAUAAUGAAAUUGUCUUUACUAUCAGCAAAAGAGGAUCUGCACCUUUAGGUGGUGGAGAAAUUAAGUUCAAAUGUCCUGUUAGUCGUAAUCUUCGAAGUAUCCAACUUCAAGACAGUGGAAUGGUAAAAAGAGUAAGAGGUACUGCAUGUAGUAUACGUGUAUCACCUGCUAUUGCUAAUCGAAUUGUGGAGUCAGCUAAAGGUAUAUUAUUAAAGUUCUUGACAGAUGUUUACAUUUAUACAGAUCAUUGUAAAGGUGCAUCCAGUGGAAAGUCACCAGGCUUUGGAGUAAGUUUAUCAGCUGAAACAACCACUGAAGUUGUUUUUGGUGGAGAAGCAUUUUCACCUCUAAUGACAACAGAUUCUUUACCUUGUGUACCAGAAGAUAUUGGUAAAGAAGCAGCUAUGAAAUUAAUUGAUGAAAUUUAUAGAAAUGGUUGUAUUGAUUCACCUUUCCAAGCUAUGACUGCAGUAUUUAUGGCAUUGGGUAAGAAAGACGUUUCUAAAGUUGUAACAGGUCCUUUAACACCAUCAAUGAUACAAUUUUUACGCGAUUUAAAAGACUUUUUUGGAAUCGUCUUUAAAAUUGAAUCACUGAAAGAAGAGGAUGAAAUAUUAGAGCAAGUUGCAUUGACUUGUAUAGGUGUAGGAUAUACUAAUAUAAGUAAACGAACGUUGUAA